AUGCUUAAUGCUUAUCCUCAAUUGAAAGUUAUUCUUAUGUCUGCAACGAUUGAUGUAACGUUAUUUCGUCAAUAUUUUUUUAAUUGUUCAGUAGUAGAAAUUGAAGGACGAACAUUUGGUGUUCGAGAAUAUUUUCUUGAAGAUAUGAUUCAAUUACUUAAUUUUCAACCAAUGAAUUCAUUAACAAGUCGAAAACAAAAUAAUAAAAAUCGACAAUUACAAGAUGAUGAUGACGAUCUUGGAUAUGAAGAUUCACAAGCAGAUGAUAUUGAGGAUGUUAAUUGUAAUGCCAUAUGUGACAAAGAAUAUUCUCCACAAACAGCAGCAGCAAUGAGUCAAUUAAGUGAAAAAUCACUUUCAUUUGAACUAAUUGAAGCAUUAAUAAGUUAUAUCUGUAGUUUGGGUGAUGAUGGAGCUAUAUUAAUAUUUUUACCUGGAUGGAAUUUAAUUCAAGCAUUACUUAAAUAUUUUCAACAACAUCCAAGAUUUAGUAAAUUAUUUGUAAAAGGAUGUCUUUUCCAUUAUGGAAAAGCACUUUUUCGAAAGUUCAUGAAUUUAAAUUUAAAAACAGCAUACCAAGAUGAUGAAUCUCUACGUGUAUGGUUCAGGAGUUUUGCUGCAAUUGCACUAUUACCAGAAACUGAUAUGGACGAAGGAAAUCAUUAUCUACGUUCAACGAAACCAUUGUUAUAUGAAAAUGAAAUCAAUUCAUUUUUAGAUUAUCAUGAUAAAACAUAUGGUAUUAAUAGUAGAUUUCCACCAACUAUGUAUAAUCACUAUCGAAAUCUUAAUCCUCGUACAAUUAAUUAUCUUGAAGGACGUCAUAAUCGAUGGAAAAAAAGAUCAACGAAACCUCAUAAUGAUAUUUACAUCUGUAUUGAUAUGUUCAAACAUGAACAAUUGUUAGCAUCAGAUGAAAGACAAAGACAUGAAGCAGGAGCACCUCCACCAAAAAGACGAAAAAAAACUUGCAUAGCCGAAGAAUCAUUAUCUCGUUUAUGGGAUAAAUUAGAAAAAAAUCAGAUUACUAGAGACAAAUUUUUAAAGGGUGCAGGACUUCGUUAUUUUCAAUAUUUGAAAAUUGAAUAA